AUAUAGUCAAGCACACACCAACCCCUUCUCUCUCCCCCUAUAUAAAUACACUUGCAGGAAUCUCUUUAGUGUUAUACAAAAAAAGUUUAGUAUUCUCUUCAGAGUCCUAGAAAAAUGUCGGCUCUUGCAGAUUUAAUCAAUCUCGAUCUCUCCGACUCCUCUGAGAAGAUCAUUGCCGAGUACAUAUGGAUUGGUGGAUCAGGCUUGGAUAUGAGAAGCAAAGCAAGGACUUUGCCGGGACCUGUGAAGGAUCCAUCGGAGUUACCGAAAUGGAACUAUGACGGUUCAAGCACCGGGCAAGCUCCCGGCGAUGACAGUGAAGUCAUCAUCUACCCUCAAGCUAUCUUCAAAGAUCCAUUCAGAAGAGGCAACAACAUCCUUGUGAUGUGUGACGCUUAUACACCGGCUGGCGAACCGAUCCCAACCAACAAAAGGCAUGCGGCGGCUAAGAUCUUUAGCGACCCAACCGUUGCCGCCGAAGAAACAUGGUAUGGAAUUGAGCAAGAGUAUACUUUGCUUCAAAAGGAUACCAAGUGGCCAGUUGGUUGGCCCGUCGGUGGCUUCCCAGGUCCUCAGGGACCAUACUACUGUGGAGUUGGAGCAGACAAAGCCUUUGGAAGAGACAUCGUUGAUGCUCAUUACAAAGCAUGUCUUUACGCUGGAAUCAAUGUCAGUGGCACUAACGGAGAAGUCAUGCCCGGACAGUGGGAAUUCCAAGUCGGUCCAACCGUUGGAAUAGCUGCAGCCGAUCAGGUCUGGGUCGCUCGUUACAUCCUCGAGAGGAUCACAGAACUGGCUGGAGUUGUUUUAUCUCUUGACCCUAAACCAAUUCCGGGAGAUUGGAAUGGUGCAGGAGCACACACAAAUUACAGUACGAAGUCGAUGAGAGAAGAUGGAGGGUACGAGAUCAUAAAGAAAGCGAUAGAGAAGCUUGGACUUCGUCACAAGGAACACAUUGCUGCUUAUGGUGAAGGCAACGAGCGUCGUCUCACUGGAAAACACGAGACUGCUGAUAUCAACACUUUCUUAUGGGGUGUUGCAAACCGUGGGGCAUCGAUUAGGGUUGGUCGUGACACUGAGAAAGAUGGGAAAGGAUACUUUGAAGAUCGUAGGCCAGCGUCGAACAUGGAUCCAUACACUGUAACCUCCAUGGUUGCUGAAACCACAAUCCUCUGGAAACCAUGAAUGAGGAAUAGACAAUAGAAGAAUCAAUAUGAAACAGUUCUCAUGUGUUCUUUGUUUAAGAAUGUUUGAUUUAAACUCUUUCCAAGAAAUAAUGAUAGUUCUUUUCUCUAGCUUUUACUUUGUUGUAUUUCAGAAUCUAUAUGUAUUUACAAGAUUCAAGUCUCGGUUUAUUCAGUU